GUUGUCUAAGCAUGUUUACUUUCAGUGACAAGGAAGUUCUAACUUGUCCCUAAGUGGUGACUCACUGGGGUAGGACUAUAAAAGUAAAGGUAACUGCUCUCUAAAACAUCAGGGCUUCAGACUUCACAAAUCCAACAUGAUGCAGUCAAGGCUUUCAGCUGUCUUCUUUUUCUUGUUGGGUUUGUCAUUUUGUCUGACAAUCCCUAUUCCUCUUGAAGAUAGCCAUGAAUUCACAGAGGAAGACCUUCAGUUUGCAGAGCGCUACCUCAGGACUCACUAUGAUCUCCGUCUGAAUCCCACUGGCAUAAUGAAGAAGAGUGCCAACACAGUGGCAUCUAAACUUCGAGAAAUGCAGGCUUUUUUUGGCUUGGAGGUGACAGGAAAAUUAGAUGAAGAAACAUAUGAGCUUAUGCGGAAACCAAGAUGUGGUGUCCCAGAUGUGGGAGAAUAUAACUUUUUCCCUAGAAAACUCAAGUGGUCAAAAACAAAUUUGACAUACAGAAUUAUGAAUUACACAUCAGAUCUGAGACGUGCGGAAGUAGACAGAGCUUUCAAAAAAGCUUUCAAAGUUUGGUCUGAUGUGACACCACUUAACUUCACCAGAAUACGAAGUGGCAUAGCUGAUAUCAUGAUCUCCUUUGGUACUAAAGAACACGGCGACUUUUACCCCUUUGAUGGACCCUCUGGAUUACUGGCUCAUGCCUUCCCCCCUGGUCCAGACUAUGGAGGAGAUGCCCAUUUUGAUGAUGAUGAAACUUGGUCAGAUGAUUCUAGAGGGUAUAAUUUGUUUCUUGUUGCUGCCCAUGAAUUUGGUCAUUCACUGGGACUUGAACACUCCAGAGACCCUGGAGCUCUGAUGUUUCCAAUUUACACAUAUACUGGAAAAACUGGUUUUGUGCUUCCUGAUGAUGAUGUGCAAGGGAUCCAAGAGCUCUAUGGUGCUGGAGACAGAGAUCCGAACCCAAAACAUCCUAAAACACCGGAGAAAUGUGAUCCAGAAUUAUCACUUGAUGCAAUAACAGAACUUCGUGGAGAAAUGCUGGUCUUCAAGGACAGGUUUUUCUGGCGGCUGCACCCUCAGAUGGUUGAUGCAGAGCUGGUUUUAAUUAAAUCAUUUUGGCCAGAGCUUCCAAACAAAAUAGAUGCAGCUUAUGAAAACCCCAUUAAAGAUCUUGUCUUCAUGUUUAAAGGAAAGAAAGUCUGGGCUAUGAAUGGCUAUGACAUAGUUGAAGGCUUUCCUAAAAAGAUAUAUGAAAUGGGAUUCCCAAAAGAAAUGAAAAGAAUAGAUGCAGUUGUCCAUAUUAAAGACACUGGCAAGACUCUCUUUUUUACUGGAAAUAAGUACUGGAGUUAUGAUGAAGAGACAGAGGUGAUGGAAGCAGGCUACCCAAGACUGAUAGAGGAAGAAUUUGCAGGAAUUGGUGAUCGAGUGGAUGCAGUCUAUCACAGAAAUGGUUACCUCUACCUCUUCAAUGGAUCUUUGCAAUUUGAAUACAGCAUCUGGAGCAAAAGAAUUGUCCGUGUCCUGCACACUAACUCCAUAUUUUGGUGCUGAUUACAGUUGAAUGACAUGUUACAGGCUGCAGAGCAGCUUGUAGUACAUGGAAGUAAUAAUAUGGGCAUAUAGGUUUAUUAGAGGAAAGCAAGUUUCUGUGAAUAUGCACUGGAUACCUAGAAACAAAUGUGUACUGUAUAUAUGGAACUCUAUAGCUGUAUGUCAGUCUGGAACUGAAUUAACUUAAUAGGAAAGAAGAAGAAAUGAUAAGAAUUUCAAGGGGCAUUACACCAUUUAAAGUUUGUCUCUCAUUAAAGUGAGAUGCUGGAUACAUCCUCCAUGAUCAUAAGCACUACUAAUUUCCAGUAAUCUAUGCAUGUCUAACAUCUUCUCAGAAUCUUCUAGCAUUUCCGAAGACAUCGAGUUGAUAAUCCCUGGAGUGUGUCUUUUUAAAACUAACCCUCCUGCUCUUUGUAAAAUUAUUUUUCAAGUACUGGGGAUUCAGACAUGUAAUGAAUGAGUCAGGACUGCAUGGUAAUGCCAUGAGCAGCAUAACAUUAGGUUGCAACACUAAAGUUAGAAAAUUCAAAGGUAUUUGAAUGGGAACAUCCCCCUAGAAAUAGAUGCCCAUAUGAUAUUUGGAAGAAGCUGCAGGUAUAGAAAUAUUGAGGUGUCAUCUCAAAGCAGACUGAAGAGCAGGAAAAGGGAACAGUAUUCCCUACAGAAAUCAUCAGUUAGUAUGGCACUGGGGAAAAUAGAAAGUAGUGAUACCAAGAGAAUCGCACAGGUUGAAACCUUUCAUGAAUCUACAUCUGGCAACAAAGCCCAUGUUUUCAGCUGGUGUAAACUGAAGUAGUUCAAAUGAUAAUUAUAGAAGUUAUGCCUAUCUGUGCCAGCAGAGAACCUGAACAUUCAAGUUAAAAUAUUCAAAAUAAUACUGAAAGGGUGUUAAACAUGAAAAAUGUUUAUAAUGUUAAAAAUGAAUAUAUCAAUUGUUUCAGUACCAUGUAAGGUUUGGGGGGGGGGGGGGUGUUUUGUUUUUUUUUUUAAAUGCAAAUGAUGUGGGACUGUGGUUAUUUCUUAGUUUAAAAAGUAGUAUUAAAGAAACAGGAGGAAUAAAAUGAAAUUGUGAAAGGAUUUCAGUUAAGAUAUCCUACACUGUAUGUUAUAAAGCAAGACAGUGUUAUUGGAUAAAAGAAAUCAGGAAGCUUAACCUGUGCAUUUUAUUCAUUAAAAUUUUUGCUUCUACUUAAAACUCUGUUGUUUUUUAUCUGUGAUUUUUUUUUAAUUUUAUAGAAAAGAGGAGCAGAGAAAAAGUCAUAAAAAGAGAAACUACAAAAGAACCACUGAAUUCACAGAAUAAGAACUAAGUUGAAAUUAGUCCUUAUCAAUAGAGAAAGUAGCACAAAUGAUAACAAAAUACUAUGAAAAUCAUUUCCACAGUAGCUUGAAGUCUAAACUUUAAUAACUAAUUCAAUCUAACUACCUUGUCCUCUUCUUCCUCCUUAAAACCAACCCCCAAAUCAGUCAGUCAGCCAGCCCACCAAGCAAAGCCCAUCAAUGCUGAAUGUUUUUUAAAUAGGCAUAAAUAGGUUUACCAAGCAACAGGCUAGGUGAGUUUAAUUUUGUAAUUUAUGCCACAUAAAUCGUAAAAUCAAAGAAUGGCUUGGGUCAGAAAGAGCUUUAAAGAUCAUCUCAUUCCAACACCCCUGCCAUGGGCAGGGACACCUCCCACCAGAUCAGCUUGCCCAAAGCCUCAUCCACCCUGGUCUUGAACACCUCCACGGAUGGGGCAUCCACAACUUCUCUGGGCAACCUGUUUCAGUGUCUCGCCACCCUCACAGUAUAGAAUUUCCUCCUAACCUCUAACCUAAAUCUCCCCUCUUUUAGUUUAAAACCAUCCCCCCUUGCACUAACAGUGUUUGCCCAAGCAAAAAUUGCUCCCCAUCUAUUUUAUAAGCCCCCUUUAAGUAUUGAAAAGAUGCAAUGAGGCCUUCUGUUCUUCAAGCUGAACAUCCCCUGCUGUCUCAGUCUUUCUUCAUAGGAGAGGUGCUCCAUGGUCAGAUGAGGGAGCUUAACAGAUUUAGUGGUCUAUUCUGACUGUAAAACUGGAAUUAAUCAAUGUCAGACCUUAAAAUAUUUAAAGGAAAUGUAAGUAAAUAGAGAUGAAGAAAAAGCUUUACAAAUGGAAAAACUUAAACUAAAAUCAAAGUCCUGUUAUUUGACAUAAUGUUGAUAAAGC